CAAAUUGUCUUAAUUAACGUUAAAAAUAAUGUUCAUUAAUCAUUACUGAAAUGUCAACUGUCAUUUUGACAGAACCUCAAUUUUUCGCUUUGUAUUGUUUUUUAAUUUUUUGCUUCUGCACCUCUCAUUUGCCCCCGGAAUUUUCUAUCAACAAACGUCAUCAAUUCUGUCAAAUUCGGGGGCAUGACUCAUCGCCGCCAAGCCUUUCCUUCUUAUCUUUUCUUUAUUGUGCACGAUGACGGAAAGUGACGCCCCAAAUUGGCUCACAGAGCUCGAAAAAAAACGCGAAAUUCGUCUAAAGACCCGUUUGGGUCACGAAGCUGGUGCCGGUGCCCCAUGUAUAAAAUGUUCGGAAAAGUGUCCCGGUCUCGACUUGCAUUUCUGGCGGAAAAUCUGCAAGAAUUGCAAGUGUUCGAAGGAGGAUCACGACGUCCACGAUGAUGAUAUUUACGGAUGGGCCCAAUUUCAAUUAUUAGGAAGUAAACCAACAAGAACCAAGCGAAAAAUUGUUUUGCCGGGGAAAAAGGACGAAGUGGAGUUGGAAUGGGCCCCCAAAGGCAAUACCGAGACAAUUGAUCGCUAUUUGAAAACUGUGGCGCCUGAAACGUUGCCAGUUAAGGGAUCACAAGCGGCUCAAGAGCGCAAACAACUCCUCCAGAAGCAGAUUCCAAUUCAUGAUUUGGAUCCGAGUUUGUGUCACGAAUUGACCGAUUCGGAAUUGAAUCAAAUGCAAGAUUACAUCAAACAUAUGAAAGGGAGUGCUGGAGUGGGGCAAAUCAUACAAUUUGGUGUCAAUUAUGGGAAUUUGUACCACUUGGGAGAACCCAACACUGCUAAAAUCGUCUCUGACCGAAUUCCCAAAACAAUUCCAGCGAACGAAACCGUCCAAUUAUUACCAGGGCUCCACCCCAAACAAUUUGAGAAAAAAUUAUCAAUGAAAGACCAAAAAGAACUAGACGCUUUCUUCGAUAAAAUACCCAAACCUGUUAAUAUGACAGCACAUGCAGAAAAGUCGGGUUAUGUCAAUUCGCCCAAUUUUGUCACUUCCGCUGGACAAAUCACACAAUAUACAAAUCCUGAGACGUCCGAAAUAACCCCAUUGGGAUCCACACUUCCGGUUUCACGCUUUGCGCGCGAAUUAAUCCCUGAUUCGAACCUAACCAGUGACGUGACCAAUCAAAACCUUCCCGCGAAAUUAAAAAAUGACCCGAAUUCAAACAAACUCCCCGAGUACAAUCCAAGUCGUUUAAAUGUUCCGGAAAGUCAACUAGUACCAAAUCCGGUCAAAAUUGGCUCAAUUCGUGAUAUUACCUACACUCCAGAGAUUAAAAGUGCCAUUAAAACCGAAAAUCCAACACCCGGGGAAACCCCAAAUGAGAAAAUACCACCACCAAUCGAAACCAAACACUGUCGCAAGUGUCGUAAACAAUUCGCACCGGGUGAAUUUGCGAUUUUUGUCGAGAAAUCAAGCGAUUUGUUUCACAAUAAUUGUUUUAAAUGCGCCGGUUGUAACCAAAAUUUGGCCGAUUUAUUUUAUUUCUACGAUAAAGAAUCGGGUGAUGUUUAUUGCGGACGUGACUUUGCAAAAAUUCGGGGCAUUCCCCGAUGUAAGGCUUGCGAUGAGUUGAUAUUUGUUAAGGAGUAUUGUUUGGCUGAAAAUUCGACGUUUCACUUGAAGCAUUUUUGUUGUUUUGAGUGUGAUGAGGCUUUGGCUGGUCAAAAUUAUGUUGUUGAAGAUUCCCAACCGAUUUGUUUGCCUUGUUUUGAAAAAGUCAAAGCGAAUAAAUGUACAAGUUGUUUGCGAGUGAUUCGACCAGAUGAAGAAGGUUUGACGUUGGCUCAAGGAAUACAUUUUCAUACGGCUGAAGAGUGUUUUUGUUGUUCGGUUUGUAAAAAACCGUUAUUGGGGGCCAAGUUGUUGUUCAGGAAUGGAAAGUUGUUUUGCUCGCAUGAGUGUUUUAAAAGUGAUAAAUAAUUCCAUUUUUAUACACUUGUAUUUUUAUAAGAAUUUUUUAUAAACUAAGUGCCAUUAUUUUAUGAAAUAAACGUUUUUCAAACA